CACGCGCGCGCUCGUGUUCAUUCUCGUGUUCAGACUGAACUGCAUCACUCCACAGCUGGAUUACACUCACAUCACUCCAUCAAUAAGAGCAAUCAGAUUGCUGGUGGGUUUGAGCGCCCCCUGCUGAAGGUUGCGUGGCAUGAGCGCAUGCGGGAGGAAGGCCCUGACACUGCUCAGCAGUGUGUUUGCGGUGUGCAGUCUGGGGCUGCUGGGUAUCGCCGUCAGCACUGACUACUGGCUCUACCUGGAGGAGGGAGUCAUCCUGCCGCUCAACCAGAGCACUGACAUACGCAUGUCCAUCCACUCGGGCCUCUGGAGAGUCUGCUUUCUGGCAGGUGAGGAGAGAGGCCGCUGCUUUACCAUCGAGUAUGUGAUGCCCAUGAGUGUUCAGCUGACCAGUGAAUCGACUGUCAGUGUCCUCAAGAUGAUUCGUUCAGCCACACCAUUCCCUCUGGUCAGUUUGUUCUUCAUGUUCAUCGGUUUCGUGCUCAAUAACAUCGGUCACAUUCGUCCUCACCGCACCAUCCUGGCGUUUGUGUCGGGGAUCUUCUUCAUCCUGUCAGGUCUGUCACUGGUGGUGGGGCUGGUUCUCUACAUCUCCAGCAUCAACGACGAGAUGUUCAACCGGACCAAGAGCAACGAGGCCUACUUCAGCUAUAAAUACGGCUGGUCGUUUGCAUUUGCUGCCAUUUCCUUCCUGCUCACUGAGAGUGCAGGUGUGAUGUCUGUGUACCUGUUCAUGAAGCGUUACACAGCGGAGGAGAUUUACCAGCCUCACCCAAGCUUCUACCGGCCACGGCUGAGCAACUGCUCUGACUAUUCGGGCCAGUUCCUGCAUCCUGAGGCCUGGACACGAGGACGCAGCCCAUCAGACCUGUCCAGUGACACCUCGCUCCAGAUGAACGCCAGUUACCCUGCCCUGCUCAAGUGUCCCGACUACGACCAGGUGUCAUCCUCACCCUGCUGAAAAACACACUCACACACAUACACAUGCCAGCAGACGGACUGACUGAGUGAAUGAAUAAAUGGUGAAGCUCUUGUAUUGCAGUGAGAGUGCAGGUCCAGCAGGCGGCGCUGCAGGAUUUCAGUCUGUAGAGAUUCACACUGCUAACAUGUGGAGUUAAAGAGACAGUUCACCCAAAAAUGAAAAUUCUGUUAUCAUUUAUUCAUCAUUUACUUGU